CACAACACCACCUUCAGCAUCGUCCACAGCGCAUCCCGCUGCCCCGUGCAGACCAGUAUUAUCGCCGAAAGCCUUAUCCCCAAGCACCAGCAGCAUAUCCGGCGCACCAUCCCCCGCGCAGCAGCAGGUGCACUCCAGCGGCGACGCCGCCCAUCCCCCGCCAUACCGGCGCUGCGGCUCGCCAUACUGAUCGUACGCCCACACCCGACCCUCGAGACCGACAGCGCGCCCAGCCCGUCGCGAUCCUCCUUUCCCUCCCGCCUUCCUUUGCGGGGGGCCAUAUGCCCGCGCCCGCUCGCGACUUCUGCGACGUGUCUCGAGGCACGCCGAAAGCGCCCUCACACGCCCGGCAAGCUGGCUGCAGCCUCCCGUAGCUGGUAUGGGGGCCGUCAAUAGCAGGCCCGAGGAAAACGCCCUGUUCCUCCGCGAUCAGAAUCGCUUUUCCAUUGCUGCUCUUAGUAUCGCAAACAGUCGCGGCCGCUCGCUCUUGAACAUCGCCCCAAACGCCUUCCCCGCGACUAGAUAUUCUGCAAAGCGGGAACUGGGUGACGAUAGUGUCAUCGAUUACAUACUUGACCCAGAGUCCGGCCUCGCUGGCGGCCCGCCGUCCUUCCUACUGCGCUUGUCGAACGAGGACGAGCUAACCUUCAAUUUUACAUUCAUAAUCAGGCAGGUUCAGGCUGCGCCGAGUAUAUACAAUGGGAACAACACCGCAUCCACCAUUGCAUCAACCGGCCUGCUCGAUACGGCUAUAAAUGGCUUGACUUUUGUUUUCGGGUCGAGCGCAAGAGAGUUGGACAAUCUAGUCACCAGAGAGUUCCAUGCGAAUCCUAACCUACACAAAGACCCACAUGUCGACCUCGUCGGGGAUUAUAACACGGGCGGCUCCAGUUCGGUUCAAUUUCAGUGGUCUUGGAAAUGGAAGCCGCCAAAAUCGACCGAAGACCGUGGGGGAGGCUGGCGAACAAGCUGCUGUUUUGUGGAAUACGACCAGCGCGCUCACAAGCUCGAGACUCUUGCAACCUUUACAUUCUGGGUUCAUAACGUACGGCCCUUGCAGAGUCCAAAAUCUCCUUCCCCCCGCAUGGAACUGGGUGUUCCUCCCAGGCUCCGUGUUCCCUCCGCCCAGAGUAUCGAAUCACGAGUCAGUGAUUCCGACAAUGACAGAGACCCCCUCGAUGUGCCUCCGAGAUCCCCGACCUUCGAACCAAUACCGGAAUACGGGCUUGGCUUGGUCUCAAGUCAGGCUGCCACGUUAACGAACAGUGCGGUCAAGGUAGACGUCAGUUGUUCCCGGCCUGGGGAAGAUUUGAGCCAAACUGAAGACGGUCCGCUUUUCCGCGCUACGAUGAAGUCGUUGGAGCAAAAGACCGGCAAUAUGCGCACAAAGUGGAAGAAGGUUCUAAAGCGAGCUGAAUCGGCGCUCGAGGCCCAGGUGGCAUGCAACAAUGCGAUGGCCGACCUCAUGGAAGCUCUGCGGGAGGCGUCCACGUCGAACGCGAACGCAGUCCAACCAGCCAUUGACCAUUAUUUCGACAAGAUAGCGAAGGAAAUAUUGGUCUACGAGCGGAUGAAUUCGUCAAAUAUACAGAAGCUUAUCAUCGAUCCCAUUUACAAGCUAUACAACAUCGAUAUCAAGCAGGCGGAGACGAAGCGAAAAGACUUUGAGGAAGAGAGCAAAGAAUACUACGGCUAUCUCAGUCGAUAUCUGGGACAACGCUCCGACUCGAUGAAAGAAAAGAAACGUGCCGAGACCGACUCAAAGUAUCAAUCCAAGCGUCGAAAUUUUGAGCUCAAACGCUUCGAUUACUCAUCAUUCAUGCAAGAUCUCCAUGGCGGGCGGAAAGACCAAGAAGUGUUGUCGCAUCUCACCCGAUAUGCAGACACUCAAGCCAGGAGUUACUUGGAUACUGCGAAGAAAAUUGAAACAAUGAUCCCUCAACUGGAGGCCUUGUUCGUGGAAGUGAAGGAAGCCGAUAAGGAAUUUCAGCUACAGAGGACAGAGAGAGAGGAGAAGCGGAGGGCGCUUGAAAAGAGCAAAAAGCAGUAUGACGAACCACCAUCACAAGCUCCGCCGACAACACCCGCCAACGGUAAUAUUGCGAGGACGGGGGCGACAUCCGAAACGGCCCUUCCGGGACGCAAACCAAGUGUUACUCCGAUUCCAUCAAACACGUUAAACCCCUCUCAGACAAGUUCGUCGUUGGCCAGUAUCCCCACAAUUGCGUCUCCUCAAAGUCCAGAGGUUGGUCAUGCAACCUUAGGCGGAAGCCCUCAGCCAAACAAGUUUAAAGGCAUCCGCGAUCUGGAAGACAAAGACCAUAGCAUCCCGAGCAAUCAUGAUGUCGGAAUCGGUGCACAUCGUAAAGAAGGUCUCUUGUGGGCGCUCAGCAGACCGGGCAGUCACGUUGAUCCAAAGGGUCUGAACAAGACGGCGUGGCACAAAUUCUGGAUUGUAUUAGAUCAAGGCAAGCUCUCAGAGUACACCAAUUGGAAGCAGAGUCUGGAGCUUCACAUGGAGCCCAUUGAUCUCCGCAUGGCGUCGGUCCGAGAAGCUCGGAAUCAAGAGCGCCGAUUUUGCUUUGAGGUUAUCACACCACAGUUCACCCGAGUCUACCAAGCAACCAAUGAAGACGACAUGAAGUCUUGGAUUGCCGCCGUAAAUAAUGCAUUGCAAUCGGCUGUCGAGUCUGCUGGGAAGCAAGAUCGCCCUUCAACCGACUCUCUGCCAGGUCAAACUAGAAGAGAUAUUGCGUCCGUCUUGACAGGGAAAAGUCCUUCCAUGUCAAGUCACAAGAACCACUACAGUUCCAAAACCCCAGCUCGCCAUGCGACUGUAGGCGACCGUCCUGGGUAUCGAAGGGAAGAGUCCAUCGGAGACGACGGCAAACUUCUCAAGCAGGUUCGUGAUGCAGAUGCCAGUAACAGAGUCUGCGCAGACUGUGGAUCUGACAGCAAGGUCGACUGGGUUUCUAUCAACCUCGGGAUCAUCAUCUGCAUUGAGUGUAGUGGUAUUCACCGGUCGCUAGGAACGCAUAUUUCCAAAAUACGCUCCUUGACGCUCGAUACGAAUUCGUUCACUCCGGAUAUUGUAGACAUCCUCCUCAAAAUCGGCAACAGCAACAGCAAUGCGGUCUGGGAGGCCCGACUUUUAGGAUCCCUAAAACCAGCUCCCACGUCGACUCGCGAGCAGAGGUUACACUUUAUCACUUCGAAGUAUGCGGAUCGAGCCUUUGUUGCUCCAAUCUCGCCUGCACUGUCGCAUUACGCCACGCCUGAAGAGACUCUGCUAGCAUCGAUUAAGAAGAACGAUAUCCAGAACGUUCUCUAUGCGUUAGCACUCAAGGCAGACCCAAACUCAAAAGAUCGAUCUCGCGGAACGCAUGCCGUGUUUCUAGCUCUGGCUGCAGCCGAUCCUGCAUCACCUUCAGCAUCUGCGUCGCCUGCAAGUUCGCCACUGCCUGGCGCGCGACCAACGACACCCCAUGCCCCGGUCCGGAAAUCAUUCCCAAUCGCUGAACUUCUGCUGCAAAAUGGUGCAGAACUUCCGAACCAAUCCGCACCGAUCCCACUAAGCUCGUCGGCGCGCCUUUAUCUUGAGCACAAGGCUGAUCAGCGAGCCGGACGGAGGACCAUGCCCAUGGCUGGGCAUCAGGCCAACACUAGUGGUGACAUACUUACCGCGCUUCCAUCUAUCAUGGCCGGUAACGGGAGUACUCCUGCAGAACGGGCUAAGGAUCGAGAAGCGAGACUACAAAAGCGCGUGUCUGCUGGAGGAAGGUUGGUCAAGAAUCUCUCCGAUCACUCGGAAGGUAGGCGAGGCCCGUAGUCUGUGCUCUUACUCACAUAUCUCGUAUAUUAGUGCAUAUUUUCCUUGGACCGCUUGCAGCAUUUCGCUUUGGUCAUCUGAAGGCUAGCAUACGUUACGUCGGCGUCCACACUUCGUCGGGCUAGUAUUCAAAUCGGGUCGAGCAAUCGGCGUUCUACGGUAUUGGAAGACACGAGCUUCAAUGUACUUGAAGCGUUGUAGAACAGGCCGCCCAGGAUUCGCGGGCCUGGGGCAUAGUCGCUUGGUGGAACUUUCUUGAAGGGUGUGCGCUUGGUGGCUCUUUGGAUUUAUUGAGUCAGCUCCUCGGAUUGUUGGGUGCGUUGAGUCAGUUCAUCCCACGGUCGCAAAGACAGCCCUGGAAUCACAACUGCCACAUAUAAUGAAAUGGGGU